AUGAGCACCUACUCCAGAGAGAGGGCCAUGAAUUUACGACGAGACCUAGAUUUGGAGGAACUAGUGGAAUCUUCCGUGAGGUGUAACAAAGAAAUGUGUCGAUCUCAGCCUGGCUUCAAUUCUCUGGUGGUGUCAUUUAGGUUCUCUCAGCCCAUGGACCUGAUCUAUAUGAUCCAACUAUGUUUACAUUCUCAACCAUUCUCUGUUGCUGCAGUUCUGACUUUGAGGUCUCCAGUGCCAGUGGGUAUAGAUCUCCAGCUUGAAAGUAUUGACAGUAUUUCAGAAGUUAACAUGGACCCUGGGCCAGGCCAGAGAGUUUGUUCUAACAAUGUGAUUGAUGGUGGGGAACUGCAGUCAAAAGUUUUGUUGUCUCUUUAUAGGAUCACUGUUUCGGCCAUGUGCUUUAUGGAUUUCAGCAGGGUUCCUUUAGACCCUCAAAAUUGUUCCCUGUAACUGGAGAGUUGUGCCUACAAUGAGGAAGAUCUAAUACUUGCAAGAAACAAGUCCCUCCAUACUGAUGAGCAUAUUUUUCUGUCUCAGUUCUUUGUUGAAGAGUUCAGUGCAUCCAGUAGGUUCACUUUCUAUAGCAGCACAGGUUGGUACAACAGGCUUUUCAUCAAUUUUGUGCUAACGAGACAUAUUUUCUUCUUCAUAUUGCAACGUUUCCCAGCUAUGUUCAUGGUAAUGCUCUUAUGGGUUUCGUUUUGGAUUGACCAAUGAGCUGUUCCUGCAGGAGUUUCCUUGGCAAUCAUUACCACGGUGCUGCCCAUGUCCACAGUGAUCUCUGGUGUGAGUGCCUCCAUGCACCAGGUAUCCUGCAUCACAGCUGCGGACGUGUACCUAUGGGUCAGCUCUUUGUGUUUGUGUCUUUGUGUUCCGUCGGUCAUUGAGUAGGCAGUGGUGAACUACCCCACCUCAAUGGGAGACUGGAAAUAGUUUAAGAAGAGAGAGAAGGUUUGUGCGAUGUACAAUAUUGAUGCAGUUCAAGUCAUGGCCUUUGAUGGCUGUUACCAUGACAGUGAGAUUGACAAGGGCCAGAAUUCCUUGUCUACCCACUCAGAAGAGUUCCAUUCAAGGGCAAUGCACAGCAGCCCUAGUACAGAUUUGUCUUGCAUAAAGAGAAGAAAGUCCCUAGGAAGACAUGUUGGUAGAAUUAUUCUGGAGAACAAUCAUGACAUUGAUACCUAUUCAAGGAUAUUAUUUCCCACUGUGUAUAUUCUAUUUAAUUUGUUUUACUUGGGUAUAUAUAUAUGA